AUGUCCGUCAUGGAGAUGAGCUACAGAGGCAAGGAAUUUCUCUCUAUAAUUCAUAAAACGAAGUCAGAUCUACGCGCCCUUUUUGAUGUUCCGUCAGAAUACGCCGUGCUCUUCCUCCAAGGUGGGGCCAUCACCCAAUUCGCCUCUGUCCCGUUGAAUCUUUGCAACCCCGAUGAUUCGGUUGAUUAUAUUGUCACCGGGCCUUGGGGCGAUAAGGCUUUCAAGGAAGCGGUCAAAUUCCGCAAACCCACUAUGAUUUGGUCAGGUAAAUCGGAGAAAUAUAGAAAGAUUCCUGAUUUCGAUGCCUUGGAACAAAACCCGUCUGCCAAGUAUUUGCAUAUAUGA